AUGGGAUCGUUUAAGAGUUCUGUUUUCAUCUUAGCUCUUUACCUUCUGGAAGGGGCCCUGAGCAACUCACUCAUUCAACUGAAUAAUAAUGGCUAUGAAGGCAUUGUCAUUGCAAUUGACCCUAAUGUGCCAGAAGAUGAAACACUCAUUCAACAAAUAAAGGACAUGGUGACCCAGGCAUCUCCAUACCUGUUUGAAGCUACAGAAAAAAGAUUUUAUUUCAAAAAUGUUGCCAUUUUGAUUCCUGAAAAAUGGAAGACAAAACCUGAGUAUGUGAGACCAAAACUUGAGACCUACAAAAAUGCUGAUGUUCUAGUUGCUGUACCUAAUCCUCCAGCUAACGAUGAACCCUAUACCGAGCAGAUGGGAAUGUGUGGAGAAAAGGGUGAAAAGAUUUAUUUCACACCUGACUUCUUAGCAGGAAAACUGUUCCAAGAGUAUGGACCACAAGGUAGGGCAUUUGUUCAUGAAUGGGCUCAUCUGCGAUGGGGGGUAUUUGAUGAGUACAAUAAUGACCAGAAAUUCUACUUAUCCAAUGGAAGAAACAAACCAGUAAGAUGUUCGGCAGAUAUUACUGGUAAAAAUCAAGUGACGAAGUGUCAGGGUGCUAGCUGUAUCACCAGAACAUGCAGACCCAACAAAGAUACAGGAGAGUUUGAAAAAGCAUGUGAGUUCAUCCCAGAUGCAGUACAGACUGUGAAGACUUCCAUAAUGUUUUCACAAAGUAUUGAUUCUGUGGUUGGAUUCUGCACAGAAAAAAACCACAAUAGAGAAGCCCCAAACCUGCAAAACCAACGGUGCAAUCUCCAAAGCACAUGGAAAGUAAUCAGUGAUUCUGAGGACUUCAAGAAAACCACUCCUAUGACAACACAGCCACCUAAUCCCACCUUCUCACUGCUGCAGAUUGGACAAAGAAUUGUGUGUUUAGUCCUUGAUAAGUCUGGAAGCAUGACGAUUGGUGACCGCCUUAAACGACUGAAUCAAGCAGGCAAGCUCUUCCUGCUGCAGACGAUUGAGCAGGGGUCUUGGGUUGGGAUGGUGACAUUUGACAGCACUGCCUAUGUACAAAGUGAACUCAGACAAAUACACAGUGCCACUGAUAGACAGGCACUCACCAGACGCCUACCCACGACAGCUGCAGGAGGAACGUCGAUCUGCUCUGGGCUUCAGUCGGCAUUUACCGUGAUCAGGAAGAAAUACCCAACAGAUGGAUCUGAAAUCGUGCUGCUGACAGAUGGUGAGGACACCAAGAUAAGCGGGUGCUUUGAUGCAGUGAAACAAAGCGGAGCCAUCAUCCACACAGUUGCUCUGGGGCCCUCUGCGGCCCAAGAACUAGAGGAGCUGUCCAAAAUGACAGGAGGUCUACAGACAUAUGCUUCAGAUCAAGUUCAGAACAAUGGCCUCAUUGAUGCUUUUGGGGCCCUUUCGUCAGGAAACGGAGCUCUCUCCCAGCGCUCCAUCCAGCUUGAAAGUAAGGGGUUAGUCCUCCAGAAGCCUGAGUGGAUGAAUGGCACGGUGCUUGUGGACAGCACUGUAGGAAAUGACACUUUGUUUCUCAUCACCUGGACAACACAGCCUCCCCAAAUCCUUCUCUGGAGUCCCAGCAACAAGAGACAAGAUGGCUUUCUAGUGGAUACACACUCCAAAAUGGCCUAUCUCCAAAUCCCAGGCACUGCCGAGGUUGGCACUUGGAGAUACAGUCUGCAAUCAAGCUCACAAACCCUGACCCUUACUGUCACCUCCCGUGCAUCAAGUGCUACCCUGCCUCCAAUUACAGUGACCUCCAAAAUGAACAAAGCCACAGGCAUAUUUCCUAACCCUAUGGUAGUUUAUGCAAAUAUUCGCCAAGGAGCCUUGCCAAUUCUCGGGGCCAGUGUCACAGCCCUGAUUGAAUCAGCUAGUGGGAAAACAGUUACCUUGGAACUAUUGGACAAUGGAGCAGGUGCCGAUGCUACUAAGGAUGAUGGUGUCUAUUCGAGAUAUUUUACGGCUUAUGAUACAAAUGGUAGAUACAGUGUAAAAGUGUGGGCUCUGGGAGGAAGGAACAGAGCCAAACAAGGGAUGAUACCACAGCAGAAUGGAGCCAUGUACAGAACUGGUAGCAUUCAGAAUGGAAAAAUAAAACUGAAUCCACCAAGACCUAAGAUUAAUGAGAACGAUUUACACAAGCAAAUGUGCUUCAGCAGAACAUCCUCAGGAGGUUCGUUUGUGGCCUCCGAUGUCCCAAAAGCUCCCAUACCUGACCUCUUCCCGCCGUGUCAAAUCACCGACCUGAAGGCAAAAAUCCAAGGGGGCAAUCUCAUUAAUCUGACAUGGACAGCUCCUGGGGAUGAUUAUGACCAUGGCACAGCUCGUGAGUAUAUCAUCCGAAUAAGUACAAGUAUACUUGAUCUCAGAGACAAAUUUGAUGAUUCUCUUCAAGUGAACACUACGGAUCUGAUCCCGAAGGAAGCCAGCUCCAAAGAAGUCUUUGUGUUUAAACCAGAAGGCAUCAUUUGGGAAAAUGGCACUGAUCUCUACAUCGCUGUUCAGGCUGUUGAUAAGGUCAAUCUGAAAUCAGAAACAUCCAACAUUGCACAAGUAUCCUUGUUUAUCCCUUCACAGACUCCAGAGACACCUAGUCCUGGUGAUAUUUCUGUUCCUUGUCCUGAUAUUAAAAUCAAUAGCACCAUUCCUGGAAUUCACAUUCUAAAAAUUAUGUGGAAAUGGUUAGGAGAAUUGAAUCUGUCAGUAGCCUUGGGCUGA